UUUUCGCCGCUCGACCCUGGGAACAAAUGCGCGCGCGGCUUUCCCCGUCGCCCCGCUGACGUCCGCGCCCGCGGCCGUGCGCAUCGCUGACGUCGACGCGCGAGUAUUAAAGAGCGCACCCGGCGCGCCGAGGCGAGGAUGGCGAUAGUGAGCGCACGCAGCUGUAGCCCACGCGCGCACACUCCAGCACACGGGCGCCGCUGACCGCUCUUCAGGGGCCACUCUCCGCUCUUCUGUCAGACAAUAAACGGCAGCGUCGCUCACGGCGUCUCCUGCGUGUUUCAACACACUUUGCGCUCAGUUGCACUUUUUUUCAAUUGUGAGUAAGUUCUCGCCGCCAGUGCACAGCAUGGAGCCAUACACGGAGCCCGGACCCCAGCUUUCCCUGUCCGACCUCUACUCCGUCAUCCCGUUCAACGUGACUUUCCCCCCGGACGAGGAAGGCGGCUUCGUGGGCAACCGGCUGCAGAACCAGACCGGGCGACAGAGUCCGAUGAGGAGCGCCGGUGGGAUCAUCAUAGCCAUCUCCAUCACGGCGCUGUACUCCGUCAUUUGUGUGGUGGGACUCCUGGGCAACAUCCUCGUCAUGUACGGGGUGGUCAGAUACACCAAGAUGAAGACCGCCACCAACAUCUACAUCUUCAACCUGGCCAUCGCUGAUGCCUUGGCCACGAGCACGCUGCCCUUCCAGAGCGCCAAGUACCUCAUGAACACGUGGCCCUUUGGCGAAGUCCUGUGCAAGCUCAUCAUAGCCAUCGACUACUACAACAUGUUCACCAGCAUCUUCACCCUCACGAUGAUGAGCGUGGACCGCUACGUUGCCGUGUGCCACCCCGUCAGGGCCCUGGAGUUCCGGACGCCCGCCAAGGCCAAGCUGAUCAACGUGCUCAUCUGGGUGCUGUCCUCGGCCAUCGGGGUGCCCAUCAUGAUCAUGGCUGUCACCAAAGUGGUGGAUAAUGAUAAAACUGUUUGUAUGCUGAAGUUCCCUGAGCCCGACUGGUACUGGGACACAGUGACUAAGAUCUGCGUCUUCAUCUUUGCUUUUGUGGUUCCUGUAAUGGUCAUCACCAUCUGUUACAGCCUGAUGAUCCUGCGCCUAAGGAGCGUGCGGUUGCUCUCUGGCUCCAAGGAGAAAGACCGCAACAUGCGCCGCAUCACCCGCAUGGUCUUGGUGGUGGUCGCUGCCUUCAUCGUGUGCUGGACCCCCAUCCACAUCUUCAUCAUGGUGAAGACCAUGGUGGAGAUAGACAGCAGGAAUCCCUUUGUGAUAGCCAGCUGGCACCUGUGCAUCGCCCUGGGCUACACCAACAGCAGCCUCAACCCCGUCCUCUACGCGUUUCUGGACGAAAACUUCAAGCGGUGCUUCAGGGAUUUCUGCCUCCCCUGUCGCCCAAGCGGCGAGCGCGACGGCCUGGCCAGAGGCCGCAACACCACCAGGGAGCCUAUGUCCGUGUGCGCUCCCACGGAGGCUGGGAAGAAGCCGGCAUGACUAGGCAUGGACUGGGUCCCCCGCAGCUCUCGCUCGAGGAGGAUCCAACAAGACUUGCAGUCGGAAGUCACUCAGAUCUCCACCACAGAGUUUUAGGAGCUAAUAUGAGCUAGAAGCUAUUUUAAAGGGACUUUCAGAGGAAGAACCUCGGAUGAUGGGAUAUCAUUUUCACUGGUCUUAGCGUAAGGCCUCAUUCUGCUGUCAGUCAAAUGCAGUUGACUGGGAAAAAGUGUUUCCAGAGACAAACUCGAAUGGGAGGACAGAGCACAUCACUGAGACAGAACUCAUCGGAGCAGUAAUGGAGUCACUCUAACGUCAGGAUGAAUAAUGUGCCGAGUGAAACUGUGGCCUUUUUUUAAUCACACUUUCACUUUCUCAUACAGUCAAAGAAACAAAUGUGACUUCAAUGUAAGGGUUGAAAAGCUUUUCAUUUACAUCAACACGGAACACGAAAAGCUUACAAAGCAGCAGUGGACUUUGACAUCAAACGCUGGAUGAUGAAUUGCACACAACAAGGACAAGUCACGAAGCUCGUGCCUGUUUUUGUGCGGUGAUCAAGCGAUCCUUUCGCUGGGAAAGUCGUUACCAACUUGACUGCCUUUAAAACUAAAGAAACUUCUAGCCUGGUGUUGCAUGAAUCACAGGCAGUUUGUGUAAAAAAAACACCACGACCCAGAGCUGCAUCAGACACCUGAUGAACAUAUUUUGUGCUCGUCUGCUUGACUUACAUGUUACGGUGUCGGACAUUUUCCCCUCUGCAGGCGUAUUGCUUUACAUCAUCACAUAUAAAGUAGAGAAGCCCAGUUUGACAUCGACAGGCAAAGAGGAGAUUAUGGGCCUGCGGUUUAAAGGAGCAACCUUUGGUUGUGAUGGAAUGAGGACAAGGCAACAGAUGGAACUGCAAAUUAUUCUGGGUAAUUUGUUUACUCCAAUGGGCCUGACACCAUUUAAAGGAGGGAUUGACUGAUGAUAUGAUGGGAAAUAAAUGAUGACUUUAAAUGUUUACAAUGGAGGCAUGAAGCAGGUGGUAUUUUAGAGUUGACGUAUGACGUAUGAGAAUCUGUAGAUAUCAUAAACCUUGUGAAUAAAAGACAAUGACAUCAUCCCCAGUUAAAAUACCUACAAUGAUUUACCUGGAUUUCAAUACAUCAUCAUUCCAGGGCCUGGAAACAUGUUUCUGCUUUAUCCACACAGACUGUUAACUGACGACACGGCCAACAAUGUUUCUGUCGCAACGUUUUGUCAGUAAACGCGAACAUUGCUGCAUAUUUUCUCACUGCGACAGAGGUGAGGAUUCCGCUGUCCUGUAGCUCUGUCUCUCUCUCUCUCUCUCUCUCUCUCUCUCUCUCUCUGCUUUGUUUUUAUCCAGCGCUGUCACGUGUGCAGAACGACCCUAAAGUUGGGCCAGGACUGCUCUAGUGUUGUUCAUAUAAACUAAAUGGUACAAAUAGCUCUAAUUAAUGCACCCGCAUUAUGAAGUUAACGGCCCGUGAAUCCAUCUUUGCAUGGAACUUCGUUUUAUCCAGUGAUUCAGAUUUUCAUCACACAAAGUAACUCAGCCUCGCUUUUAGGAUUACAUUUAAAUAAUAAAGUGUUGUCACCGUGGUACUUUUGCAUCUGACUUAGAUCAGUAAUAUUAUAUUACAGAUAAAUGUUAAUCGUCAUCAUCGCUGUUACCUCAUGAUAAAUAUGAUAUUCAGUUUCUCAAUAAUUCAAUUCAAAGCCCCACUAGCUGGUACCUACUGACCUGUAAAGGUACAGCAUGUGAUGCCGUACACAGUAUUUAUCCCUGUACUGGUCUAGAAAGUAGCAGAGGAACAUAAUAACAGGAGGUCAUCAACCUUCAAAGAUCCCUGCCCCCACCUGAAAUAUGGCAGGUUGCGUGCUGGGUCAGUAGGUCACACUGAGUGGAUAUGACUCAUGCGAACGUGCCAUGGUGUCACACUGCUAAUAGUAAAAAAAUGAUAUACAGAAAACAAGGACGUGAGUGACUGGACGGCGAUGCUGCUGGUUCCAGGCAGGUACAGUGAAUUCUCCACACAUUUGACUGCACAGCUAAAAAGAUGAUCUUAAUUAGGAGCAACCUGAGACGUGUAUUCAUUACUGCGAACCUGUGACAGCGACAGUGUAAUUCUGUGCGUACAAGGUUUUAUCAAACCAUGAACAUGUGACAUGACAUCACUCGUCGACUUCAGACAAAGACAGUAUAUGAAGACUGAAGCUCUUACUUACUUACUUGUCUGAUGAUGUCUGUUUUACCUGAAAGGCAAUCCUUCAUUGGGAAAAUGUCUGAUUUGUGCUUUACAUUUCAAAUAACCCAGGGCAUACUGUGCUUAGAAACAGGAAAUGUUGAGUAUUUGCCUCCCGAAUGAACUGUAGCCUGCUGUAAAAUGAAUUCUGAGUGAGAUGGUUGAUAAGCUGGGUGAUUAAGGUGAUGUAGCAGCACCGAAGCUCUGUGUCGUGUUUGAGGUCCUGUGGAUUUUACUCUCUUCAAUUUUUUAGUUCAACUCUCACAUUUCUUACUUGAUCCUCCAUUUACUUGUUUGAUUUUUGAUACACAGCUGCUGCCGCGCACUGUAAAUUGUCUAUUGAACAUCUUGUGUCGAUAUGAAUACUUUUGUGUAUGAUGCUUAACGUUUGUGUAACCACUGACUGCAAUUUAGUGUGUGAAGCAGUUUUGCUGAUGCAACUUGAUGCUGUACAAGUUCUUUAACGACGUUAACGCUUCUUUGCUUCUUCCUGUGGAUUUGCUAUUUAAAACACUUUGGAGGCUGUAACUGUAUUUCGAGCUGAACUAAAACUGAUGGUGAAAAUAAAAAACGAUAAAAUCAA